CGGGGACAGGUCUCCUCAUCUCAGCCAGGAGAGCAGGGAGUGCGUGCAUCCCUGGCCUGCCACAUGCCCUCCUGCCCUGCCGCUGGCCCCUCCCCGGCUGGGGGCAGCCCAGCCCUGAGGGAGAUGGAGCCCAAGGACCAGCAGCUCAUGGUGAGUGCCCUCCUCGCCUCCCCUGACAGCCGCAGGGUUGUGCAUCUGCAUCCCCAGCCCCGAGGCUGCCUCUGCCCUGCUCCCGACCCGCUGCCCCCAGCACAGCUUGGCACAGCUGAGGUCUCUGUCAUCAGCCCCCCGAACCCAGCAGUCCUCAGCCUUCCCUCACUGGGACCUCACAACUCCCUGCUCCCCAACCUCCUCACCCCAAGUCCACAGGCACCCCCCUUCACCCCUUGCCCUCUGAAUCUCAUUCCCUGGGGAGCUCGACCUGCACCAGGACCCCCAGAAGCGGGGGGUGGGCACCCUCUACCCUGGCCCAAUCCAGGCCCUGUGAGGCCUGACCAGACCCUCUGCUGGCUCACGUGGAACCUCAGCCCGUUUGACAGUUGGGUGAGCUGAGGCUGAGGACUCGCCCCAGAGACCUGAGUCCUGCCUGCCCCUCGGGGAGAAGCAGAGCUACGGCUUCUGCCGGAAGGAACUUUCCCGUCCUACAGAUGAGAGAGCGGGGGCCCAAAGGCUUGCGCUGGCUUGCCGGGGCCCAUAGCUCCUGGGGGGUCGAGGAUUCGAGGCCUGGGGUCAGUGUGAUCCAAGAGGGCCUCCUGUGGGACUCCCUGAGGAUGGGGGUGGUGGAGCGGGGCAGAGAAUGAUGGACAGCGGAGCCCGGGGGCUUCCUACUUGAGAAUAGCCUUCCCUCUGAACACACUCAUGGCCUGCAUGGAGCUUUGGGUCCCUUCUGGUGGUGGGUGAAGCAGAAGUAACCGGGUGAGGGGGUGAGACCCCCUUAGCUGUGUGGCCUUGGGCAAGUUACUUCACCUCUCUGUGCCUCAGUCUCCCCACCUGAGAUUAGUGAGGGUAACUAUGCACAGUGCUCCCCUCCAGCAUUACGUGAGGCGGGAACAAGUUCACGCUAUGGGUUGGAAGGUUAGCACUUGGGGCUCAGUGGCCUUGAUGCCUCACUGAGAGCGUGGAGCUCAUGAGGUGGGGAUGGGGAGGAGUGGGGAGAGUUUGGGCUGGGCGUCUCCGGUGUCCUGGAAGAAUCCUGCCCACAGGUAGCGCUGCGGAUCCGCCCGCUCAAUGACACAGAACUGGAGGAAGGAGCCACCGCCAUCGCCCACAAAGUCGGGGACCAGGUGAGGCUGUAGGGGCACAGAGGGUGCGUCCACCGGGUCGCAAAGCUCACCCUCCCAGUGCACACUUCACCUGCUUCGAUCCCUCGCUCGCCCACUUGCUCAUUCUCUCAUUCAUGCCUUCAGCAAAUGUUCAGAUCCAGUGCUCCCCGCGGCCAGAUGCUGUUCCAGACGCUGUUCCAGACGCGGGUAGGGCCGUGAGGCAGACAAGGGCCCACCCAACCCAGCUCACUUUCUAGUGGGGGUGGGGGGCAGCCGGACAUCUCGGGGGGGUGCAGUGCCUCAGAGAGGAGGAAGCAGAGCACAGGUGGGCCCGAAGGCCUCUCUGAUAGGACGCCCGGGCAGCACCCAGAGGAGGGGGCCCAGUGGUCUCCGGGAGGGAGUGAUGCUCCAGGUCCCGACGCAGGAGCGGCUGGGCUCAAGGGCCUGGAGCCGUGGGAGCGGGAGACGGCGGGGCCCAGCGCGAGUUUAGCAGGUCCAGGUCCAGGGCUGCAGUUUGGGGAAGGGGCCCAGGUGACUGCGGGCAGCAGGAUGCUGCCUCGCCGAGGAUUCCUGCUCCUCGGUUUGGACACGUUGGUGCCCGUCGUAGUCACUUGCUGGAAUAAAUGCCAAAUUUGGGGGAAAACAAGAUUUUGUCAAGAGAAUUGGGUUUUCCCAUUUGUCGUCAGAAAGGCAGCUUUAGCGAGGAAUUGAAUGUGGUUCCUGGGAGCGUGUUUGCCCAUCCAAGGCAGAGGGCCAGGAUGUUGGGGAGCCCUGGCUGCCGGCUGCCCACCAGGGUUGGGGCGCCCAGUGCCGACCCAGCCGGAGGGAGAGAAGCUGGAGGGGCGAUGCUGCGGGAAGGUGAAAUGGACGGAAUGACUGGGGGGCAGGAGGGGCAGGGAGGCCAGGGGAACUGGUGCUGAGUUCCUAGAUAACUCAGCAGUAAAACAGGACGGGGCCCUUGUUAAAUCGGGGGGAAGAAGAGAGGACCCUUUAAAUAACUUUUAAGACAAAUAAUUUGCUGGAAUCUAUAGUGGCUCUUAAAGUAAUGUCACUAGUCCUCAGACCUCGGGGCUUUGCCCAUCAUGGGGGCUUGCCAGGGUCCAGCCCCAGCAUGAACAGGGUCUCCUGAGGGAUGGACGGCGUCCGCGAGGGAGGAGGCGGUGAGACAAGGAGUUUUGUGUCCAAGUCUAACUUUAUUUUGUGUAUGUAUGAUUUAUAUAGGGCUCAGGGUAUGCAAGGAUGAUUUCAUGAAACAGUCCCAGUACAUGUUUUUGGCUCACGUAAGCUGGUUUUUGCAAGGUAGACAAUAGUCCUAACAGUAAUUGAUUAUAAGAUAGACAGUAGUCCUAAGAGCAAUUGAUUGUGUGUAGGCCCUGGAGGAGUCAAGCUUCUGUAAUUCUUUCCUUCAAGGAGGCUACCCUCAGCGGCCUCCUGACUCAAUGGGCUGUGGCAACCACGGUCCUCCCAGAGAGAUCUGUGGGGGCUACAGAUUUCUUUGUUCCCUCUCCACUCCCAUCGCUUCACCCGACCAAAGGACGGGUCAGAAUGUUCUUUCCCUAGAAGAUGUUUUUCCCCAGAACUUUCCCUAGAAUAUUGCAUUGUAUCAUUCUCAUUCCCAGGGCCGGGCUGACUUCCCCUGAAAUAACCCCAGGUGUAGAGCAGAGUGAGCAAAAGCAGAAAAGUCAGAAGUACCGGGGAGACUCGUUGCAGGGGCACCCUGGUAGAAUCCCUUGAGGGUCACCGUGCGUCCCCUCAUCUCUCUCCCGGACCGUGUCACAAGGCAGAGGCUUAACUUGUAGGCUGACGGCUCCCGGCAGGGGCUGACCGACCUCCUCCCAGGAGGCUCCCCAGCUGUCCCUGGGUGACUUCUGGUCCCAUCUGGUAACGGGAGCCUCAGCAGCACCCCUGUGUGGGUUGGAACACCCCCCUUUCAUCUUUCUCCUGCUGUUUGCCGGCCGCACCCCUGGGAGGCCACCGGCCACACCUGAAGAUAGUGUCGCCUGCUGGCCCCAGCCCUGGCAGCUCCGUGGGCAUCCGGGGCUGCCCAUGGUUCCUCGAGGUGAGGAUGCCUCUCUCCUUAGAGGGAGAACUUCUCCCCAGCGCCCUGGUUUUGGGGCUCCUGUGAAUCUAAGGAAACAGGACACCUCCGGAUUCCACGGGGUGGGGGGCGGGGCUCGGGCUGAGGGGUUUGAAAUGAAACAAGCGCAUCAUGAGAAUGGAAAAUCGUUUCAGCAAGUCGGAACCUCAGGUUUUCCGGCACUGCCGCCCCUCUGAAGUCUCGGGAACGCUGGCACUUGGUCAGUAGGCUCCGCAGAGGAGCGUUUCAGAACGAUGUGGGUGACGGUGUGCGGUCACAGGUCCCCCUGGACCCUCUCCACCUGCAUCCCCACCACCCCCUGCAUCGUCUGGUCUCCCCUCUGGGCGUCUGGACAGGAAUGUCUCGGAGUUAUUCCAGAGCCCACCCCGGGCCUGGCUCCCAAAGGCUGCCUUGCCGUGCACUAUACAAAAGCCCACUUUUUAAAAAUUGAGGUGAAAUUCACAUGACACAAAACUCAACCAUUUUACAGUGAAGAAUUCAGUGGCAUUCAGCACAUUCACAGUGUCGUGCGACCUCUAUCUAGUUCCAAAACAUUUCCAUCACCCCAGAAGGAGAGGCCACACCUGGGGAGCCGUCGCUCGCCAACCGCCUCCCACCGCCCGCCAGCCCCUGCCACCCCCACCUGCUUCCCGUCUCUGUGGGUUCGCCCGUUCUGGAUGUUUCCUGUGAACGGGGUCCUACGAUACUCGGCUUUCGCCCCUGGCUUCUUUACCUAGCACGGUGUCUCCAAGGUUCGUCCCUGCUGUGUGUCGUCGCAUUUGCUUUCAACUUUUGAUUUUGAAGUCACUGUGGACUGAUCAAAAUGCUGCCAGAACCCCGCAAGGAGCUCCCCUCUUCCCUGCGCGGUUCCCCAGAUGUUAACGUUGCACCAGUUAGCUUCAUCCUCCCGCCCUGUGCCCACACGCUCCUUUCCCAGGACCGUUUCAGAGUAAGGUGUGGGCAUCGUGCUCCUCCACCCCCGCAUGUCUCAGUGCGCAUUUCUUAAAAACAGGAACGUUCUGUGACCCCAGGACAGCGAGCAAAAUCAGAAAUGAACACUGACAUGAUGUCACCAGGUCUACACCUGUGUGCACAUUUAGCUGAUUUCUCUCAAUAAUGUUAUUUUCAGCAAAAGAAAACAAACAUUUUUUUCCGGUCCCAGACUCAGUGCAGCUGGUAGGUUUUGAACCCGCCGGGCUCGGCGCUGUGCACGCGGUCUCGUUACCGCUCACAGCCGUGGGUUCGAGUAGUGUGUCCAUCUUGUGGCCCAAGGAGGUGAGGGAACGUGCCCGCGCCUCCCAGCUGGUGUGGGUAGAAGCAGGAUUGGAAACUGGGCUGCGGGCUUCCCCCCACCCCUCCUCCCCCCAGCAGGGACUUUUUGACUGCCCUUCCAAUGCAGGCCAGGCCCAUGUGCACACGCACCAGGAACUGCCCUGCAGGGGCUGCCCCCACGCCCUACUUUCUUGGAUCCUCUCCGUCACUGGAAGGAGAAGAAAAGCAUCAAGGAAAAGCGAGCGAGCUUAUGUCAUGGAGCAGGUCCUGGCCAGAAGCCCGGCCGGGCCCCGGGGGCUGCUCCCAGCCCUGCCUGACUCCCCAGGAACCCGGGCAGCCCUCGCCUCCCGGGACCUCAGUUUCCAGAGCUGUGGACCCACGCAGGGGUCAGGCGGGUGGCCAGGUUGGGGGGCUCUUGGUCAGCUCCACUGUGCCCCCUACAACUCCGUGCUUCCUCCCCAGUGUCCGGCCCUGCAGGCCUGGACAGGCAGCUGAGCCCCCCCCAGACCUCCACCAGCCAGGAGCUCCUCGAAGAGUAAACAGAGCUGAUUGGUGUCCAACUGCCUGCCCCCCUGUCCCCUGGGAAAGGCUCCUUUGAACCUGCCGUCCUGGAGGCCCUAAUGCACGGUGGCUCAUCAUCACAUAUUUAUGCGAGACGGAGGCCCCGGGAGGGCCACCCGGCGGUCGGAGAGGCGAAGGCGGGCUGGAGAGCCCAGGUGGUCCUUUCCUUCUCCAGAUGGCAGUGCUCAUGGACCCCGGGGAGGACCCUGAGGACACGCUGCGUGCACACCGUUCCCGGGAGAAGGCCUUCAUCUUCGACACGGUUUUCGACCAACACGCGUCGCAGGAAGAUGUGUACCGUGCCACCACCCAGCAGUUAGUGGAGGGCGUCAUUUCUGGAUACAACGCGACGGUGUUUGCCUACGGCCCCUCAGGUGCAGGGAAGACCCACACCAUGCUGGGCACGGACACGGAGCCCGGCAUCUACCUGCGGACCCUUGCCGACCUCUUCCAGGCCAUCGAGGAGAGCCGGGACGGCGCGGACUGCCGCGUGUCCAUGUCCUACCUCGAGAUUUAUAACGAAGUGAUCCGGGAUCUCCUGAACCCGGCCUCGGGGUUUCUGGAGCUGAGGGAAGACUCCAGGGGCAGCAUCCAGAUCGCAGGCAUCACAGAGGUCUCCACCUCCCACGCCCAGGAGAUCAUGCAGCUCCUCACCAAAGGCACCCGGCAGCGCACCCAGGAGCCCACGGCCACCCACCCGACGUCGUCGCGCUCCCACGCCGUGCUGCAGGUCACCGUGCGCCAGCGGCGCCGCGGCACAGACCUGGCGGAGGAAGUGCACGUGGGGAGGCUCUUCCUGGUGGACCUGGCGGGCUCAGAGCGGGCGUCCCAGACCCAGAACCAAGGCAAAAGGAUGAAGGAGGGCGCGCACAUCAACCGCUCCCUGCUCGCGCUGGGCAACUGCAUCAACGCGCUCAGCGAGAAGGGCAGCAGCCGCACGCAGUACGUGAACUUCCGGGACAGCAAACUCACGCGCCUGCUGAAGGAUGCCCUGGGAGGGAACAGCCGGACAGUGAUGAUCGCCCACAUCAGCCCAGCCAGCACGUCCUUCGAGGAGUCUCGGACCACGCUGCUGUACGCCUACAGAGCCAAGAACAUCAAGACAAGGGUCAAGCGCAACCUGCUGAACGUGUCCCUCCGCAUCGCGCAGUACACGGACGUCAUCUCCGACCUGCGCCGGGAGAUCGAGCGCCUCAAGUCCAAGCUGGAGACGCGGGAGACGGACAAGAGAAGCGACCCCGGCGGCCGGGAUGCGCAAGUCACGAUCCCCUGCCACGACACAGAGGAGGACGGCCGCGUGCAGAUGAACAAGAUCCGGGCACAGCUCAUCGGCGCCUUCAAGGAGCAGUUGGAGAUGCGGCGCAGCCUGGUGGAGCUGGAGAAUACCCACAUGGAGCUGCACAUCGACGUGUCCCGCCACCUGCUGACCAUUGCCGACUGGGAGCGGGUGAAGACCCAGCAGCACGCGCACGGGGACAGGACGCCCGCCAGGGACGAGGAGCCGGCAGAGGCCAAUGCAGACACUGGCGAGGGCGAGUCCAUGGACCCUCAUGAGGUGGCUCUGGCCAGGGAGGAGGUCAACAUGCUUCUGGCUGAGCAGCGGAAAACCGCGGCCCUCAAGGCCGGGCUGGAGCAGCGGCUGGCCGACGCCAAGAAGAAGGCCUCGCAGAUGGAGAAGCUGCUGCCCCAGCAGGUGGUCAGCGAGGACCAGAGGGAGGUGCUGCGGCUGCUGUGCAGGGCGCACGAGCUGGAGGUGGAGAACACAGAGCUGCAGGCCCGUGGCCUGCGCAGCAAGAACCUGCUGUGCCAGAAGGACCUUGUGAUCCGACGCUACCAGCAGCACCGGCUGCUCUGCGAGCACAUCAUCCGGGACCAACGGCAGCUGCUUCAGGACGGCGGCAUCCCGGAGCCGGAACCACUGGCCCAGCGCUACCGCCUGUACUCCCGCGAGCUGGGCGAGGGCGCGCUGCCCCGCCUGCUGCUGCUGCACUCCGUGCUGGCCAGCUCCCUGCGGGAUGGCUCCGUCCUGAGCCUGUCUCCCCCGCCAGAGGAGUCCAGCCGAGAGCAGCCGGACGACAGGAAGGACCUCCCGUGGGGGGCCCAGUUUGAGCCGAUGCUGCUGGAGACGGACAGCGACGGGUCCAAGUCAUCGAAAGCCACGCCGUCGAAAAAGCCGGGAAAGCAAGACUCCCUUCUCCCUCCGUCUUCUCUCCGCGUCCUGCUAACGCCUCCAGUCCACGAGAAGCCAGGCUCCCUGCGCGCGGAGAGGGUGGCGCCCAGCCUGCGCUCCCCGGGAGGCCCGGAGCCGGGAUCCCCACGGACAGCGGAGGCCCCGCUCAGCGCUCGGGCACUCAAGGAGAUGGCCGCCAGCACCAAGAGCAUCGCCCGCAUCGCGGCCACCCGGCGCUCCCGGGCGCAGGACCGCGAGGCCGGCAGUGGCCGCUCCUCCCGCCACCUUCCGGAGGAGGUGGCCCGGGGCCCCAGCCCGGCGGACAGGAGGUGGCCUCACGCCAGCCUGUGCAGGGACCACUCCGGGGAGAGGAAGGCCAGGAGCCAGCGGUCGCCCUCUGUCACGUGGAGCGUGCAGCCGGCGAUGGAGAAGCUUCAGCCCCCAUCCAUGGACCAUUCGGCUGAGAGCCGGCCGCCCCCUGUGCUCCCUCAGCUGUCCAAGUCAUCGGGAAAGAGCUUUUUCCCUGCUGUCCCAGCGGCCUCCAAGAUAAAGCCCAGCCUCAGUUUCCAUGCAGAUGACAACACGCUCCACGUGCCGGAGGUCAACUUCACCUUCCCCAGCGCCGUGUGGCAGAGCAGCAGCAGCCCCAGCAGGGUGCCCCUCCUGCCGCGGGACAUCCGAGGGUCUACAGACAGCGGAGGCCACCACCACAGCCCGCAGUCCCCCAGCAACGUCCGCAGGCACCGCAGCGGCAGCGCCAAGAGGUCAAGAAGACCCAAGUGACGAUGGCGGCGGGCAGAGCGGGAGGCGGCAGGGGACCCGCGCACGGGCUCUCUGCCCCGGAGCUGGAGUGGACAGAUGCCGGCCCUGGCAGGGCCCCUCUGGGGGCGGCCCGCCCCAGCCUCCCACAGCCCUUUGUCCCGGUGGCACCUCCCCCCCACCUUCAGAGGCAGGCUGUCCGUGAAGUGACACAGCCUUCCCAGGACCCCUCCCUGGGUGCCAGGGCCUUUUCCGGGGCCUUCCCGCCCAGGACCACUGCACACGGCGUGUUCUGCUCCGGGAGAGUGCGCUCUGUGUGUUAGGACGCCAGGCCAUCCCCCUCCAGGUCAGGCUCAGGCUGCAAACCACAGGGGACACCCGAGUGGCCACCAGCAUCGUGUAUUAGCCGGGAUUCUCCAGAGAAACAGAACCAAUGGGGGUGUGUGCGUGUGUGUGUGUGCACGUGCGUGUACACAAAAGAGAGAGAGGUCAAGGCUUCCUUUAAGGAGUGGCUCAUGUGACUGCAGGGCUGGCCCGUCUGAAGCCCGCAGGGCGGCCUGGAGACCCGAGGAAGAGCUGCGGCCACAGCCUCGAGUCUGGGGGAAGACUUCCCUCUUCCUCGGGGGUCUCAGUCUUUUUUUCUUCAACUUGAUGCAGGCUCGGUGAGCCGAGGAGUUGAAGGAAAGAUUUCUUGGACUCUCAAGG